AUGGGUCCUCUGUCGGGUGUCACGCGUGGCGUGCUCAAGCGCAAGAUGGAGCUGGCCAAGGAGGACGCCACGAGCAAGAAGCAGCGGGUGAUGGAGGCGACGAUAACGGCGAUGGACGUGAUGAAUCGUCUGCUGGCGCCGGACGGAGACGUGGGCCACGACGUGUCGGACGCCGAGUGGGAGCACCUUGUGCAGCUCACGCAGCAGCACGAAUGCUUUGACAAGUUCUUCACGUUCCCAGAGGAUGCGAGUAAUUGGGUGAAACCCAAAAAGAAGAAGAAGAAGACGCACUUGAAGGUCGUGGCUCUGGAUUGCGAGAUGUGCGUGACACUGAAGAAAGGGGCCCGCGUACGCACAUCCAAUGCUUUGUGCCGAGUGUCGGCAGUAGACGGAGAGGACAUUCUACGUGGUAUUGUAUCGGACUUUAUCGUGCACCAGCCAGAGAACGGAUUCCACAUGGUGGACCCCAAAACGGACAUUCACGGAAUCACGGCCAGGCAGAUUGCGAGCUGUACCAUUACUGUUGAACAAGCGCAGAAGAAAAUGCUUAAGUACAUCAACCAGGAUACAAUUGUGGUGGGACAUUCUGUGCACAACGAUUUGGUGAGUCUGCGGAUCAAUCAUCGACGUGUUAUUGACACAUCGAUGAUUUUCCAACGGAAGACCGGAAACCCUUCGCAAGCGACGCCUGGACUGAAAGACCUCACCAAGUUCUUGUUGGGCUUUGACAUGCCGCAAGGACAUGACAGUACCGUUGAUGCUCAAGCUUCAAUGAUGGCAGCCAAGUAUGCUGUCCGGCACGAAUGUGGCCGGAUCAUUCCGUCCGUGUUAGAGCUACACGGACAUCGUGCCCGAGACCGACCAAAGGCGAUAUCGAUGAAGACGGAGUACUCAGGCCCUGUUAUGCUGGUUGAGACGGCUUUCCACGCGAGCCAGCCAAAUUGCGAGCCGGUAGAGCGCACAGCAAAAGCUCCUGUGAACGGAGCGUCCUACAUUGAUAUGGCCGCUAUCACGGAAGAAGCAUCCGUGCAGCCACGCAGUACGAACAGGAUGUCUGAAGCAAUGAUUGCACGAUCUUGUCGAUUGCGCGUGCACCGCAUUCCAAAGGGCUUGUCAAGCAAAGACAUUGAAAAGUUCUUUUGCGAAAACGCGAUGAUCGUUCCUUCAGCAGUGGAAAAAAUUACGUGGUUGCCAAACCAAAACCGUGGCUCUUGCAAUGUGACUUUUUCGAGCAACGCUCAUGCAGCUCUGGCGUUCGAGAGCGCCACGGGACCGAAUGGCGACACUAAGGUUACCAACGACUCUAUUGGGCGUCCGCAGAAAACGAUCGUCGUUACGAGUUAUCUGGGAAAGUCGUACAAGAAUGUGGUACUCGGCACAUUUUAG